AUGGCGGGUUGGCGGUUUAUGCUAAUUUGGGUAUUGGGUCCCUCUUUCGCCAACGCUGGAAUUAUAAAUUUUGCCAGGAAAACGGUUUUGUCGGAUCUAUCUGGGGGAUUUUGUCGCAGUUACAGAUUUGGAGCGGAUAUUGCCAACAAUGUUUUGUACAUGGUUGGUCUGGAUGGGGGACUCAUUCCAGAUGAUGGUGACGCUUCGAAUAAUUAUCUUGUGACGCUCGAUCUCACGUCUUCUUUCUCCACUUCCGAGGGCAAGAACUAUAAGAUGACCAAGAUCGACACCGCUGUUCCUAUAGUUAAAGACAUGGCGGUCUGGUCCAACGCGGAAAACUCGACAUUGUAUCAGUAUGGAGGCAGGUUUCUGAACAACAUCACAUCCGAAGACACGAUCUGGACCUAUACAACCAAAGAAAAAUCGUGGAGCAAACAGGAUGGCACUAUCCAGCCCUCGAGACUGGAGUACGGUGUGUAUACGAAUGCACCCGCUAUCCAAGCUGGCUUUUGGGUAGGUGGUUAUCGGGCUAGUGGUACGACGGCUUCAAUCACAGACUCAACAAGGGACUACGCCACGGGGAUGAUUCAAUUAAAUACUACAACCGGCCAGUACACAGCUCUCGAUGGGCCUUACGAAGCUGUCGAGGAAGGUUCGCUUUCAUACGUGCCAGUUGGUGACAAGGGAAUUUUGGUGUAUAUUGGUGGCGACGUUCCCUCGAUCAAGGAUGGAAUCAACGCUACGAUGAGCGCGAACUCAUGGAGCCAUGUCCAAGUGUAUGACAUUGCUGGGGCGAAAUGGUAUAAUCAGUCCACGAUGGGAACGGUAGCGUCCCGAACACAAUUCUGCGCCUCCGUGCAGCACGACGAAUCCUCGUCCUCAUAUCAGAUAUAUGUUAUUGGAGGGGCAGAUCUGGAAUCCAAAGACACUAUUCUUGAUGUAAAUUAUUUAUCAAUUCCGUCUUUCAAAUGGUACUCUGCUGGCCCCCUCGAUGACCCUCGCAUGACCCUCACAUGUGUGACAUACGGGCGUCAGAUCUUUGGAAUUGGCGGAAGACUUGCCUGGGCAGAUGAUAGUCAGGCAGGCUGUUACGAUGCUCCAGCCUUCAUAUAUGACGCUCAAUCCGAGGCAACGCGUUCGUCGUUUGAUCCCACCCUAUCUUCAUUUUCCCUAUCUUCUUCGACGGCCAGCGAUAUCAAGGCCACACCAUCUCCCUCAUCGUGGGCUGAUCCAGCCUUUAAAACCCUAUUUGGAAAGAGUGCAGCAACAACCAGUACUACUGCUAAUAACAAACCCUCUUCCACAUCCGAGCCACAGGAAGUUAACACAUCCGACCCAUCGACCAAAGGUGCCAUCGCAGGUGGGGUUGUCGGUGGUGUGGCUAGUCUAGCCCUUAUCAUUAGUCUACUGUGGUUCUUCGUUGCAAGGAAUAAAAAGCCAAAGAAUGCGGAAUUAGUUGAGAUUAUACCACACCAAGUGCAGACGAUGUCUGAGCUUCCAGUCGGUGCCAGGGAUGGGCGCUCUGAGUUGCGAGGGGGCACUCAAAUGCGUUGGGAACUUCCCGCGGAUCAUAAGGGGGAAAUAUCCGAACUAGACAGUGGACGGAAUAGGUAG